GUACUUGUACGCAGUGACGUUGAAAAAGAAGCAGGUUUUUGCAGUCUGUCUCCGCCAAACUAAGAGGGGAUGGGAAAGAGGAAGAAAACGGAAAAGGGAGGCGAAAGCAGAGCCGAAAGUGAACACUGCCCUUCCACUCUGUUCGUAUCCAAUCUGCCCUACUCUUUCACCAAUUCUCAGCUUGAAGAAACAUUCAGCGAUGUUGGACCGGUCAGGCGAUGCUUCAUGGUUAUGCAGAAGGGGUCAACUGAGCACCGUGGUUUUGGUUUCAUUCAAUUUGCUGUUGCAGAAGAUGCAAACCGUGCUAUUGAGCUGAAGAAUGGUUCAUCAGUUGGAGGUCGUAAAAUUGCCGUCAAGCCUGCUAAGCGUCGUGCUUCCCUUGAACAAAGAAGAUCAAAGGCAGAUCAAGUGGUUCAGUCAAAUGAAAUUGCCAAGUUGAAGAAUGACAAGGCUGGUAGUGCUUCUGUGGCGGAAAAGCCUGCUUCAUUUACCGAUGAGAAACCGGUGGAAGCUGGAACAGAAACUACAAUUUCUAGUGCUCCUGCUGAUAAAGGGGCUAGUUCAGAAAAGCAGAAGGUUGCUAGGACUGUCAUAUUUGGGGGUCUUCUUGAUGCUGAUAUGGCAGAAGAGGUUCAUAAACAAGCCAAGGAGAUUGGCUCUGUUUGUUCUGUAACGUAUCCUCUUCCUAAAGAAGAUCUUGACCAGCAUGGUCUCGUUCAAGAUGGAUGCAAAAUGGAUGCUUCAGCUGUACUUUAUACUAGUGUUAAGUCAGCACAUGCUUCAGUUGCAAUGAUGCACCGAAAACAGAUAAAAGGGGGAAUUGUCUGGGCACGUCAACUGGGUGGGGAGGGUUCCAAGACUCGGAAAUGGAAACUUAUCGUUAGAAAUCUUCCUUUUAAGGCCAAAGUGGAUGAGAUAAAAGAUAUGCUUUCGCUGGUGGGAUUUGUUUGGGAUGUAUUUAUCCCACAUAAUCCUGACACAGGAUUGUCUAAAGGUUUUGCUUUUGUCAAAUUCACAUGCAAACAGGAUGCAGAAAAGGCUAUUCAAAAAUUCAAUGGGCAAAAGUUUAUGAAAAGACCUAUAGCUGUUGAUUGGGCCAUUCCGAAGAAAGUAUAUAACAGUGGUGCUGAUGCUGUUCUUGCUUCAGAAGAUGCCAUAGAUUUCACAGGAAAACAAGAUGGAAGAGACGAUGAAGAUGACAAUAGCAGUGUGGAUUUAGAGGGUGAUGCGGAGGAUAUUGACCAAAAAUCCAAGCACCCUCAUAGCAAUGAUAGUGCGUCAGAUGACUUCAAUACAACAGGGCAAGAAGACAUUCCUACUGAAGUUGAUUUUGAUGAGGAAACAGACAUUGCAAGAAAGGUUCUGAAAAAUUUGAUUACAUCCUCUACCAAAGUAACUCUUCCCUCUCAGGUUGAUGUUUCGAUGCUGCCCAAGAGAAAUGAGGAGCUGAAUUUUGUUGACACCAUUGGUGCACCAAAUAAUUUAUCUGCUGAGUCUGCAGAAGUAUCAGGUGUCACUAACCCAGGAAGCUCCAGCAAAGUCGAGCCAUCAAGACUGAAACAGACAGAAGGAGAAGAUGAUUUACAGAGAACAAUAUUUAUCAAUAACCUUCCUUUUGAUCUCAAUAAUGAAGAGGUUAAACAGCGGUUUUCUGGAUUUGGGGAAGUGCAAUCCUUUGUACCAGUGCUCCAUCAAGUCACCAAGCGUCCAAGAGGAACAGGUUUUCUCAAGUUUAAAACGACAGAAGCAGCCAGUGCUGCAGUUACUGCUGCAAAUGUUGGCUCUGGUCUGGGGAUUUGUCUAAAGGGUAGGCAAUUGACUGUUUUGAAGGCAUUGGAUAAAAAAUCAGCUCAUGAUAAGGAAUUGGAGAAGGCCAAAAAUGAGGUUCAUGACCCACGCUAUCUUUACCUGGCAAAGGAAGGUCUUAUUCUUGACGGAACUCCAGCUGCGGAAGGGGUUUCAGCUAGUGAUAUGUCUAAACGCCAAACGUUGGAGAGCAAAAAGAUGACCAAGCUUGAAUCCCCAAAUUUUCAUGUUUCGAGGACUAGACUUGUUAUAUACAAUUUACCAAAGUCAAUGACUGAAAAAGGACUUAAGAAGCUUUGCAUUGAUGCAGUUACCUCACGAGCUACGAAGCAAAAACCAGUGAUUAAACAGAUAAAGUUCUUGGAGGACAUAAAGAAAGGAAAGGUCGAUACCAAACAUCACUCACGUGGAGUUGCUUUUGUUGAGUUUGCGGAGCAUCAACAUGCACUUGUGGCCCUGAGGGUUCUUAACAACAACCCUGAUACUUUUGGUCCUGAACAUCGCCCAAUUGUGGAGUUUGCUCUUGAUAAUGUUCAGACGUUGAAUCAACGGAAAGCUAAGAUACAGGCUAACCAGCACAGUGCCCACAAUGACCGAAAAUAUGUGCAGAAGAGUCAUGAGACUCGCACACCAGCUUCACAGCCAGACAUAAAGAAGUCCAAAAAAAGGAAAUCCAGAGGUGAUGAUGGAUCGGCGAAGGAUUCUUUAUCCGAGAUAGUGGAGAAGAGCACACCUGACCAAGCAGCCGCUGAAGGGCACAGAGCUAGUAAGAAGCAAAAAAGCAAUCUGGCUGGUGCGAAGGAGAAAGAUGUUUAUCCUAAAGGAAAACCAGAAGGCUCCAAAUGGAAGUCAAAGAAUCACCCAGAUGGCAGGAAUCCUGAUAAUGGAAGAUCACUCGGGGGCAAAACGAUAGCCAGUGAUGCCAGCAAAUUAAAAACUUCCAUGGAAGCAGAUGUACAACCAAAAAAGAGGGAGCUGCGGAACCAAAGAGAAAACCCGAAGGAAGAGAGAGAUCUGAGAAGAGGAAAAAGGCCGAAAAAGAGAAAAGACCCCGUGGGGCAAGACGCUGCAGAUAAGCUUGACAUGCUGAUUGAGCAAUACAGAUCCAAGUUCUCACGGCAGAGUGAUGAGAAAACUGAUGGGGAAAAGCAAGGUUCCAGACAGCUUAGAAAAUGGUUCCAAUCAUGACUGUCCACGUUUUGCAGAAGUCUGUGAUGAGGAGGUAUUUCCAUAUACAAGUUUGGAUGCAGUUGCACUGAAUUUUGUCUGUUGUCUUGACAAACUAGGCGAACUUUGAGUUGUGGGAUCCUGCGAUCUGUUGUAUUGACGGCCAAUGGCAUAUAAACAUAUUUAAGAUUUAACACGGGGGAUGGAUGGAUGGAUGGAUGGAAUUAAUCGACUUGCACAAGGAACCGAAAAGGAAUGAAAAUACUCCAAUUUCAUGCUUUCCCCCAAGGAAACUUAUAUGCACUUGUGGAAAAAAUUGUCAUCUCCUUCCCAGCAACACUACUAUUUAUUUUGCUUUGUCUUUUCUUCUAUACUUGCUGCUGAUGUGAUAAAUUAUUAGUGAUGUUACAUGAAUUAAGAUAAUAGAAAUUCCAUGUUGGUUUUAGUGCCAAUUUAUGAUA